CCAAUCAGUGGUGGCAUGCCGCACCAAUCAGCUUACUCCUCCAGGAACUGGGCGGGACUUCCUUUGUCCAACGACUCUUCAGCAUGGGAUGCCACAGCCUGCUUUGCAUCUCACAUAUCACACUCUGUUAAACAUACACAUGAGGGUGCCGACGGCAGCCGUAACACACCAUUGAAACCAUUUAAAAAGCAUGUGAGGGAUGAUGUUUCCAUGACUACGCUCUGUCUCUGUGUGUUCAUCAGUCUGGCCAUCGGCUCCAUUCACGGUCACGCUGCGGCGGUGGGAGAUCUGAGUGUUGUGUGGGUCGAUGCCCACGCCGACAUCAACACGCCGCUGAGCUCGUACACCGGAAACAUCCACGGGCAGCCUGUCUCCUACCUGCUGCACGAGCUGCACUCUAAGAUUCCCAUCCUGCCGAACUUCUCGUGGAUCAAACCGUGUUUAUCAGCCAAAGAUCUCGUCUACAUCGGCCUGAGAGACGUGGAUCCAGCGGAGCACUACAUCCUGAAGCUCCUGGGGGUGAAGGUGUUUUCCAUGUCCAAGGUGGAUCAACUCGGCGUAGCUAAAGUCAUGGAGGAGACGUGUGACUACCUCUCUGCCAAAGUGAAGAAACCGAUCCACCUGAGCUAUGACAUCGAUGCCAUCGACCCCUCUGUUACCCCGGCAACAGGGACACCUGUAGUCGGAGGGCUCACCUACAGAGAGGGAGUCUACAUCGCCGAACACCUCGGUCAGACAGGUCUUCUGUCGGCAGUGGACAUGGUGGAGGUGAAUCCUCUGAGGGGUCAAAGUGACGAGGAUGUCCGGUCCACAGUCAGCACGGCGGUGGAUCUGCUGCUCGGAUGUUUCGGACGCCUCCGUGAGGGAAACCACUCACUGGAUUACCGCCUGCCCGAGCCUUGACAGCGGACAACGCUGAAGUCUCUGACUGAACUGAUGGACGCCUGAACGUCUUUGAUCAACUGCAGGACGUAAAGGGACAAUCAGAUAUUAACUUCAGAGAUGAUUAAACUCCUGUAAUGUGAUGUCAGAGUGCAAGUGCAAGCUUGUGUAUAAACCAAAGAAACAAAGAUUUUCCUGUGGAUGAAGCGCUUGCUCUCAGGAAUUUUAAAAACAUAAAAAGCACAAAUUAUGUAAUUUAUUGAUUAAUCUACUGUGUCAAGUAUCUUUUUGAUUAAUUAUUUAGUCUAUAAAUUAUCAGAAAAGAAGAAAAACAUUCAAGAGUGA